AUGGCAGAAGUUUUUCCCUCCAUUAUUGUUCUUGGAAUCAUUGAGCAUUUGGAAGCGCAGACGGUGAAAAAGUCGGGAUUAUUAUGGUCCUGUGUCAAAGAUUUUGAAAAGCUGAAGCUCAUUGUUUUAGAAUUACAACCUCUGCUUCUGGAUGCCGAGGAGGAACAAGCCGGAAACCAUGAAACCAAAUUCUCGCUCGCGAAGCUGACAGAUAUCUUAUAUGAAGUGGACGACUUGCUGGAUGAUUUAUCCACCAGAGCUCUUCGGAUGACCCGAAAUAAGAAGGCAAAACAGGUGUGCAUCUUCUUUUCCAAAUCGAAUCAACUUGCAUUUAACCGUAGAAUGGGUCCUAAGAUUAAGACUAUUCUAAACAAUUUAGAUCACAUUGCAAACUACAUGAGGAAGUUUCAUUUAGAGGGAGGCCAUGGAAAGAUACCAGUAGAAGAGAAUAGGGAGAGGGAUCAUAAUGCUUUUUGUCCCGAUGAAGUACUUAUUGGUAGAGAUGAGCAUAAAAAGGCAGUUGUUGACUUUUUAAUGGACUCCAAUGUUGAGGAGAACGUUUCAAUACUUCCGAUUGUUGGAACCGGAGGUACGGGAAAGACAACACUAGCUCAGUUCGCAUUCAAUCACGAGAAAAUCCAAAAAUAUUUCCAGCUAAAAAUGUGGGUGGAUGUCAUGUCAUGUGUCUCUAGUGAUGACGUUGAUAAGGUUAAAAAUAUUUUUGAAAAAAUCCUAGAAUCUGCCGGAAAUGAGAAAGUAGAUUUUGGAAAAGUAAUUUUUGGUAAGAAGUACCUACUUGUCUUGGAUAAUGUGCGCAUCAUUGAUAGUGAAGGAUGGUCACGCUUGAAACCACAUCUAAUCGGUGGUGCAAGAGGCAGCAAAAUUUUAGUAACUGCACGUAGUGAAGAGGUUGCCAAGAUUAUGUGCAGAGUUAAACCAUAUUACUUGAGAGGUUUAGAUGAAGAUGACUCAUGGUAUUUAUUUAAACGGAUGGCGUUUAAAAAUGGGCAAGAGCCAGACAAUGAGGACGGAAUUGUGAAUAUUGGAAAGGAGAUUGUGAGAAAAUGUGAAGGUGUCCCUCUCAUCAUAAAAACAAUUGGAAGGUUAUUGUAUUUCAAAAAUUCAGAAAUAGAGUGGUUUUCUUUUAUGAAUAAUGAACUUUCAAGAAUACGUCUAAAUAUUGAAGAAGGAUACAUCUUAGCAACUCUUAAGUUGAUUUACGAUCAACUUCCGCAGCACUUGAAACAAUGUUUUGCUUAUAGUUAUUUAUUUCCAAAGAAUUACGAGAUUGAUAAAUCAACACUGAUUAAUCUUUGGAUAGCACAAGGAUUUAUAAAGUCGUCAAAUGAAGAUGAUGAAUGCCUUGAAGAUGCUGGUCAUGAAUACUUUAUGGAUUUAAUUUCAAGAUAUUUCUUUGAAAAAGUCACAACAGAUUGGUCGGGUGAAGUCACUAGCUGCAAACUGAAUGACCUCAUGCAUGAUCUUGCUAUGUUGAUUGCAGGAUCGUCAGUAACCCGUAUGUUUAACGUUCCUCUUAGUAUUAAAUAUGAAAGGGACAUAGUUAACAAGAGCACUCGUCAUCUAUGGGUUGGUUACGAUAUACAAAAUAGCUCAUAUCUCGCAUAUUCAGUUUCUAAAGCAAAAUGUAGAAUCCGAACAUUUCUUUCACCAUGUUACAUUGAGCCUGAGUACAUGACAGAAUUUGAUGCAAUUUUUUCAAGCUUCAAAACAUUGCGCGCAUUGCAAUUGGGUAGUAGAAACCUAGAUGGUUUAUCGUCAAGCUCGUUUUGUAAGUUGAAGAGUUUAAGAUAUCUUGAUCUUUCUGGAAUUAACAUGAUGAAGAAGUUACCAGAUUCUAUAACCAGCUUGCAGAAUUUGCAGACGUUAAAACUGUGCAAUUGUGGUUGGCUUGAAGAAUGGCCGAGAGACUUUUCAAGAUUAGUCAACCUCAGGCAUCUUGACUUCAAUGGAUGUUGGAAACUGACUUAUAUGCCACGUGGAUUGGGGCAAUUGACUAAACUUCGGUCAUUAUCAGACUUCCUGGUAUCCCCCCAGCUGGAUUCUCUCAACAAGCAUAGUGGUGGACUAAAUGAAUUAAAGGGACUAAAUAACCUAAGAGGUGAUUUACAGAUUAGAAAUUUGGGAUGUGGGAAAGAUGAUGUUAAAGAUUACAAGGGUGCAAAUUUGAGGGAGAAAGAAAAGAUUCGUUCUCUAAAAUUAUAUUGGGACGAUUCAUUUGGGUUGAGCUAUGAUGCCUCUGCUGAAUUAGAAAAAUUGGAAGAAUUAGAACCUCACAGAAAUCUUAAAAAGGCUUGAAUUAAGCGGUUACAGAG